AUGGGCUCUGCUAUCCUCCCCUGGAGGUAGCGAGGGAGUCUGAGGCGCAGCUUCCGUGUGGGGAACCCUGGGUUGAAGUGAGCGGACAGUGGCAGCAAUGGCUUAUCCUGGAUACGGGGCGCAAUUUCCUCAGUACGGUGGUGCACCAGGAGGUCCUGGUGGUGCAGGAUUUCCAGGGGCUGGCGGUCCAGGGUAUCCAGGGGCUCCUGGAGCUGGAGGUUACGGAGGAUUCCCAGGCCAACAGCAGGAUCCACUCUAUGGAUACUUUGCUGCAGUGGCUGGUCAGGAUGGUCAUAUAGAUGCUGAAGAACUUCAGAGAUGUCUUACUCAAUCCGGAAUCAGUGGCACCUACAAACCAUUCAGCAUGGAGACCUGCAAGCUAAUGAUUUCCAUGUUAGAUCGAGAUAUGUCCGGCACUAUGGGUUUUGGAGAGUUCAAAGAGCUGUGGACAGUGCUGAGUAGCUGGCGGCAGAACUUUGCUUCUUUUGACAGGGACAGGAGUGGAACAGUGGAGCCUCAGGAGCUACAGCAAGCUAUUACUGCCAUGGGGUACAGAUUAUCUCCGCAAGGUUUGAACGGUAUAAUCAAGAGAUAUAGCACCCAUGGGAAGAUUUCAUUUGAUGACUAUGUGGCCUGUUGUGUGAGACUCAGGGCUUUGACUGAUGCCUUCAGAAGAAGAGAUGCUUCUCAGCAAGGAGUUGUUAAUUUUGCCUACGAUGAUUUCAUUAUGUGCACGAUGUGUAUUUAACUGAACCAGGACUGCAAAGAAAACCAAGCUUCACAAAAGAACCUGACCUCCACUUCUUGAGUGCCCAGUCUAAUAGGCAGUCACAAUGUUAUGCAAUGUUAUACAGAAUAUAUAGAGAAGUGCAUGAAAAUGGAAUGUAUGUGUUGGCUAAUUAUAUAAUGCUGCACCAGGUAACUGUUGUGAAAUUAGUUAUAACAUUUUAAUUAUGGACAUUGAUUUUUUUUUUACUCAACUCUUCCAAAUAAUGCUUGAUUGAUAAACAUUUUGCAAGCUUAUAAAACUAUUAAAAAUGAAGAUAAUCAAAUUAAAACACUUCAAUUGCACAAA